AUGAUGCUGCGCCACGUGCUGCGCCGCGUCUUCCCUUUUGGUGUGCUUCUCUACCUGCUUUACGUUCAAUACGCCUACUGCUACGUGGUCUGCAAGCAAAAUAUCUACGACUCGGGCUGGCAUGCUGCUGGCGUGGGGCUUAUUGUCGGCGAAGCGGUACUUGUGGUGCUGCUUCUGGCGUCGUGGGCGCUCAUGUUUGUCGCUGGCCCGGGCUCGCUCCCUGUGGCGGUGCCGCCGUACAACCUGAACAGCUACUACGCCAACGGACAGCUGUAUGUGCGCGGAGAGUUGGACGAGAAGUCGCCGUCGGUGGUGGACGACGCGGCACUCAUUGCGCCGCCGCAGAUCUUUCUCUGCAACGCGGACGGCCUGCCGUUCUGGUGUGCACAGUGCCGCUCCAUCAAGACAUUACGUGCACACCAUUCUUCCGCACACGGCCGCUGCAUCCCGCGUUUCGACCACUACUGUCUCUACAUCGGCACAAUAGUGGCGCAGAACAACUACGUGUGGUUUCUGUGCUUUGUGUCGUGCUUCGAGAUGCUUUUCUUCUACAUUUUAGUGUCGACGUUUGCAUUUUCCAAGGCUGUGCUCAGCUACGGCCGGCACCGAAUCCUGCACCCGGCCGCGUUGCUCAUGAUCGUCGUCAACGAGCUGUUCACGCUUCUGCUGCUGACGCUGAACAUGUCGAUCGGCCACAUUUUCGAGCUCAAUGAGACCAGCAUCGACUUUCUGCAGCUCAGCAGGGCCCGGCAGUACAGAUACACGCUUGGCUCACGCCAGUCAAGACUGAAAAACAUUCUAUUCCGUCGCAAAAUUACCAAAGAAGAGGCCCGCAUAGGGCUCCUCAACUCCCAGCGUCCAUCCUUAUGA